AUGUCAGCGCCUGAGCGAGACUUCAGCAGGGAUGGCGUACCAGCCUCCUGGGCCGACGGACAACCUUCGACUUGGAACAGCGAAACGUCUUGUCUCACUCUUUCUAGAGCUUGCAUUACGGGAUCCAUCAGCCCAGAUGAAGAAUUCUCGGCAAUCCUAAUCCCUGGGGCCAUAGUGAUUGCCUCUCUCAACACUGUCACCAUCAAUCAGACCAUCGAUCUCGAAGGGACAGAGAGCCCCACACACCAUUACCACCUCGAGUGGCAGCCGGGCCGGCAGUACGCACUGCUCUUCAGCACUCCAGAUCUCACAACACUCUACCAAAUCGACAGAACCACCCUCACGGUCGUUGCCUCUCACCGUCUUGAAAAUCGAGCCGUCCCCAGUCUCGCCGCGACAGCGUUCAACCCCUCCGGCACCAGACUGGUUUUACAACAUAAACCCAAUCUGCCGGCAGAGUCACACCUCGAGGUCUGGACGACCUCCGACACUGCUCCCACCCUCGACGCCACCCUCGACACCGCCCACACAAGCACAAGCACGGCCGCCACAUCCUGGCACCCCGCCGCCCCCCUCCUCGCCUUCAGCACCCUCUCCUCAACCACCCCCUCAGCCCCCGCCUCUGCCUCCGAAGAUACCACCUCCCCCUCGCCCCCUCUCCACAUCUGGGACACCACCGCCCCCACCAACAACAACAACAACCCCCACCCCCUGGCCCCGCCGCCGCCGCACCACCGCCACCUCCAACCCUGGCGCCACGCGUUCUCCCCCUGCGGCACGUACAUCGCGCUCAGCGCCGGUACGCGCGGACUGAUCUGGCACGCGGCAUCCGGCACGCUGCUGGCCGACGUGCGCGUCGCCCCCGCUUGGUGGGCGCGCUGUGUGCCGGCGUGGCAGCCUGCCGCUUCUUCGUUAGAGACCGCCGCCGUUGCUGAGCCACCGCGCGUGGCGUUCGGCGGCGCAGGCGGCGCGGUUACGGUGGUGCGGCUUCAAGCGCGGCGCGGGGAGGAUGAGGAGGAGGUGCAGGCGGUGGUGGAGCAGGAGCGGCGGGAGGGGCAGCAGGGCGGCGGGACGAUGGAGGUGUUGGCGGGUGAGGUGGGUGGGGUGGAGUGGGUGGAUGGGGGGAAGGGGCUGGUGUUUGAUACGGGGAGGAACGGGGGCGUGGAGGCUUGGCAUCGGGAGCGGAAUGUGAAGUGGAGGAUUGAACAGCCGGUUGAGGAGCAGCAACAAGAGAAGAGAAAGAAAGGGGUGGUGGCGAGGUGGUGCGAGGGGAGGAGGAUGGUGGUCGUGUUGGAUCGGGAUGUGGGUGUUGUGAGGUUUUGGCGGAUGCCGUAG